AUGUCAAUGAAGGAGGAAACAACAGAAAGAGACAAGAGGUGCGCACAAAGUCAAAGUGAUCAGUCCCCUGAAGAUGAGGAUCGUAUUAGUCGGCUUCCAACUGAGCUCCUGGUUCAUAUUCUAUCUUUUCUGAACCUGAAAGAAGCUGCUAGAACCGGUGUGGUAUCGAAAUGUUGGUUGGGACUUUGGACGUUGGCUGAUGUUCCAUUGGAUUUUGAUGGGAGGAGGAGGAGGAUCAAUAUUCCUAGAAAUCCGAUUCCUCCACUUGUGGAAUGGGUGAAUAAGGUGGUCCGAUCAUACCAAGCCACGGCGAUUGACGUGUUUAGGAUUUGUUUUGAAUUGGACAAAUACUCUCAAGCUGAUAUCGAUGAAUGGCUCGAGUAUGCAUUCGGCAGGAGGGUUCUAAGUCUGGAGUUGAACUUUUUACGAGAUGGCCUCGCAUAUUAUCAUAUCGCAGGCGCUUAUCGUUUCCCUUGUAUUAGGAUCAUUGAUGAUGAGGAGGAGGAAAGUGUCAAGGUGUCCGCAGAAACUGUUGAUUUAUUAAUUAACAGAUUCCAUUCCCUUGAACAUCUGGCAUUAUACAACUCAUGGUCACGAGAUUUGUCAAGUCUACUGGUUUGCGGGUCAUCAUCUCUAAAAUCUCUCGAGUUAAUCGCUUGUGAAAGUUUAAAUUCCAUCAUCCUGCGUGAUACAUGUCUUGUCUCACUUAAAUUUGAUCGUUUGGAGUUCUUGGUACUUGAGAAUUUCCCGUUACUUGUCGAUGUAUGGGCUGUCGGGUGGAAGCUUGACCUAAUAAUUCCACAGCUUACCGCCCUCCAAUCAAGCUUGGAGGUUCUUACCUUAGGACAUAGCUAUUUUAGUGUUACAGCUCGACAGUCGUCACCCAACUUGGAGAAGUUUGUUCUCAAGUGGAAGUGGGAUGAAUAUAGUAGGAGCAAAAGAAAAUUUGAGAAGGUUUCAGGUCUCCCUCUUCGCCGACUUAAAGUUGUCGAGAUUCACGGAUAUACUGGGCGGAGAGCAGAUGAUGAAGUUGUCAUGUACAUUGUAGAGAACAGCAGUAGUGCUCUACAAAGAUUGGUCCUUGACCCUCAUUGUCGGCCGAUGGACUUCUUCCCCCUCCGAGGCAAACACGCGAUGGUGAACAUGGCCAAAAUUCGCGCUGAGAAGCUAUCUAAAGGAAUUCGUGCCCGCAAGCUACUUGAUCAGGGAUUGCCUACUUCAUCUGUUGAAUUAGUUAUUCUUUAG